AUGUCAAUGUCCAGCCAACCCCCAGCACCACAGCGUCGCUUCAAGCGACCCGUCGUCUUCGUCUGCGACAUCCAGGACAAAUUCCGCACGACCAUCUGGAACUUCGACAAAAUGGUCCUCACGGCCGCCAAGGUCCUCCGCGCAGCCCACAUCCUCCGCCUCCCCGUGCACACGACGACCCAGAACCGCGCGCGCCUGGGCGACACCGUCCCGGAGCUCGCCGCCCUGCUGACCCCGCGGGCCGACGGUGGCGCCCUGGUCCACCCGCCGGUCGACAAGACGCGGUUCAGCAUGUGGGUGCCCGAAGUGGCGGCGCAGCUCACCAGCGACGCAGACGCAAAGGCAGAUGCAGACGGACCGGCGGAGGUGAUCCUCGUGGGCAUCGAGGCGCACAUCUGCGUCACGCAGACGGCGCUGGACCUCUUGGCGAAUGGGCACAAGGUGUAUGUCCUCGCGGACGGGGUGAGCAGCUGCAACCGCGAGGAGGUGGGGGUUGCGCUGGCGAGGUUGAGGGCGGAAGGGGUGACGGUUACGACGAGCGAGAGCGUGAUGUACGAGCUGAUGGGCGAUGCGAAGGUGGCGGAGUUUAAGCAGAUUGUGGGGCUUGUCAAGGAUACGAGUGCGCAGACGAGAGAUGUUUUGCAGUCUUUGUUGUAG